AUGCCUAUCAUUGAAGUUUUUCUGGGUGCGUUCUUAAGUGUGCUGUUUGACAGAUUGGCCUCUCGCGAGCUGUUGAAAUUUGCUCGCAGCGAGGGGAUUUUUACUCAGUUGACGAAAUUGCACAAACUGCUACCGACAAUUAGAGCGGUGCUCAACGAUGCCGAGGCUAAGCAAAUAAGGGACGAAACUGUGAAACUGUGGUUGGCGGAACUGAGGGAUCUGGCUUACGAUGUGGAUGAUCUGGUGGACGAGAUUGAGACUGAAGCUUUGGCACAUGAAGUGAAUUCGGAGCCUGAGGCUUCCACAAGCAAGGUUCGGAGCUUCCUCCCUACUUGUUGUAGUAAUUUCCAAAGAUCUGUUGGGCUCAAAAUCAAAUUGGGCCCCAAGAUUGAGGAAAUCACUGCUAGAUUAGAAGAUAUUGCAAAACAAAGGGAUGCCCUGGGUUUGAAAGUCAAUCCUGAAGUAAGGUCGAACACAGAAACAAAGAGAACGACUACUUCCUUGGUGGUCGAGUCCCACGUUUACGGUCGGGAAAAGGAUAAACAAGAAAUACUUGAAUUGUUGCUCAACAAUGAAUCAAGUAAUGAUGAACCAUCCGUCAUUUCAAUAGUUGGUAUGGGGGGUCUCGGCAAGACCACUCUUGCUCAACUAGUGUACAACAAUGACAAAGUCAAGGAUUUAUUCGACUUGAGAGGAUGGGUGUGUGUUUCUGAGGAGUUUGAUGAGCUCAUGAUAACAAACAAAAUUUAUGAAUCAGUGUCCAAUGAGACUUGUGACUUCAAGAACUUGGAUACGGCGCAAGUAAGUCUUAAGGAGAAACUUUCUGGGAAAAAAUUUCUCCUUGUUCUAGACGAUGUUUGGAAUCUGGACUACGUAAAAUGGGAUCUCCUGCGUGCUCCUUUUCGAGUUGGAGCACCUGGAAGUAAAAUUAUUGUUACAACUCGAGAUGCACGCAUUGCAUUAACCAUGGGUUCCGUCCCAGCUUACAAUCCAAAGGUGUUGGCCGAUGAUGACUGUUUAUCUUUAUUAGCUCAACAUGCGUUGUGUACAAGCAAUUUUGGUGCCCAUCCAAAUUUGGAAGAAAUUGGCCUGGCUAUAAUGAAAAAGUGUGGAGGCUUGCCGUUAGCAGCCAAGACCCUGGGUGGCAUCUUGCGCAGUAAACGUAGCUCAAAUGAGUGGAAAGAUGUACUUGACAGUGAAAUCUGGGAUUUACCUGAGGAUCAGAGCGGCAUUCUUCCAGCUCUGAGAUUAAGCUAUCAUCACCUACCUUCUCAAUUGAAGCCGAUGUUUGGAUACUGCGCCAUAUUUCCGAAGGACUACUGGUUUGACAAGGACGAGUUAGUCUUGUUAUGGAUGGCAGAAGGAUUUCUGCAACAACCGCAAAGAAUGAGGAAACGCAUGGAAGAGUUAGGUGAUGAUUGCUUCAAUGAGUUGUUAUCAAGGUCAUUCUUCCAACUUUCAAGUAAUACGGAAUCAAAAUUCACGAUGCAUGACCUUUUGAAUGAUUUAGCUCAACAUGUUACGGGAGAAAUAUGCUUUAGGCUGGAAGAUAAUAUGGACAACAAUGAACGGUGUAGGAUUUCUCCGAAGGCUCGCCACUCGGCAUUCAUGCGCCAUAACUAUGAAGUGUACAACAGAUUCAAGGCAUUUGAUCAUGAACUUCUGUCCGUGCGGACAUUCUUAGCACUGCCAGUUAACAGGUUACACUCGGGCUGCUCUUUAAGUGAUAGCAUUUUAGUCAACAUCCUGCCAAAACUGUUGUGCUUAAGAGUCUUAUCUAUGAGUGGGUAUAAUAUAAGAGAGUUACCCAACUCGAUUGGAGAUUUGAAACAUCUUCGGUACUUGAAUUUAUCAGGGACAUCAAUUAAAUGGUUGCCUGAAUCAGUGAAUGGUCUCUACAAUUUGCAGACAUUGUUGUUGCGUGGUUGUCAGGAGCUUUGUAAGCUGCCCGCAGACAUUGGAAAUUUAGUUAACCUCUGUCAUCUUGACAAUGCUGAUACUCAAAAAUUACAAGAGAUGCCCCCCGAGAUUAGUAAGCUGAAAAGUUUGCAAACUUUGCCAAAGUUUGUUGUGUGUAAAAGUGGUGGAUUGGGACUUAACCAUUUGAACAACCUAGCACUUUUACGGGGGAUGCUUUCCAUUGUAGGAUUGCAAAACGUUAAGGAUGUGCGGGAUGCAGAGGAUGCCAAUAUAAAUCGUAAGCGGGAUCUUGAUGAGUUAGAAUUGCUAUGGAGUAGUGAGGAUGAAGAUUCUCAAAAUGAAGAGCUCCAAGCCAACGUACUCAACAUGCUACGGCCGCAUAAAGGAUUGAAACAUCUCAAAAUUGAGUUUUACAGGGGCGUAACAUUCCCCAGUUGGAUUGGGGAUCUGUCGUUCUCAAAAACAACGCAGAUUAGUCUAAAAGGAUGUACAAAAUGUGCGUCUUUGCCACCACUGGGUCAGCUACCUCUGUUGAAAGAACUACACAUUCAAGGCAUGCAUGCAGUAAAGAACGUGGGAGCCGAGUUCUACGGGGAUGGUGGCUCAUUAGAGACUCGAUUCCCGUCACUCGAGACUCUAAGCUUUGAGGAUAUGCCGGAAUGGGAAGGAUGGUGUAGUUGUAUUGGUGUUGAAUUUGUAGGACAUUUCCCUUGCCUUCGUCAGCUUACCAUGGCCAAGUGUCCUAAAUUGGAAGAAUUCACUCAUUUCUUGGUGUCACUUGAAAAUUUUGACGUGUGUGACUGUGCUGCACUAGUGACUCUGUGGCAGAAGGGGAAUACACCACAACACCUUUCCCAUUUGCAACACUUAAGUGUCGAGGGAUGUUCCGAACUUGUGUGCUUGACUGAAGAAGAUCAAAUGCUACCUCGUAAUCUUGAAUCAUUGCGAGUAUCUGGCUGCGAUUGUCUGGAGAGGUUGCCAAAUGGUCUGGAAAGCCAUACUUCUCUCAAAGUAUUGAAAUUCGACAAGUGCCCAAAGCUCGUGUCCUUUCCAGAGGGCAAUCUCCCGCCCAUGCUUAUAAGUCUUUGGUUAACAGACUGCAGUUCACUAGAGUCCCUGCCUAAUUGCAACUCUUGUCUUGAGGAGUUGUGCCUCAAGGAGUGCUCGUCUCUGAGAUCCUUGCCAAUGGAUACACUUUCCUCCACCCUUACGUCACUUCAGAUUAAUAAUUGUAGGGAAUUAGAGUCAAUUUUAGAGCCAAUCAGACUGAACAUGGAGGAGCCAGGAUGUUUUAGGAUCAGUGAUUGCCCAAAUUUGGAGAAGUUAUUUGUAUCUAAGCCGGAUUUUUAUUGUGAUUUGUCUUAUAAGAAGGGACAACCGUUCCCAACAGGAAGUAGUUUGAUUACUCCCAACCUCAGAAGGCUUCGUAUCAGUGGUAUUGCGAAUGACAUUUAUUUUGCAAGCAAGUUUCAAAGCCUCACAUCCCUUGAACGGUUGUGGAUGACUAAUUGUGAUAAUCUUGAGUCCUUUCCUCAAGAGAAUUUGCCCCCCAACCUUACACAUAUUUGGAUCAGAAAUUGCAAAAAAUUGAAGCCUCUAUCAGAGUGGGGCCUCCACAGACUCUCUUCUCUUCGAAGGUUUGAAAUGAUUGAAGUGUAUCCAGAGCUACAUUCCUUGCCGGAUGAGUGUUGGCUUCCUUCUACUCUAACAUCACUUUCCAUCGGAGGCAUGCCUAACCUCACUUCUCUCUCUAAGGGUAUCCACAACCUCACCUCUCUUGAUAUCCUGUAUAUCCAAGAUUGCCCUAAUCUUCGUUCCUUGCCUGACGAAAGGACACUCGCCACACUCUCCUCUCUUGAUUACCUGUAUAUCGGCAAUUGCCCUAAUCUUCGUUCCUUGCCUGACAAAAGGACACUCGACACACUCUCAAAGCUAAUCAUCAGAGAAGAGUUCUAUUUAAGGUGGGCUUCUUCAGAGGAUAAGGAUCACUUCUGCAGAGUCCAUCUUCACUUGCUUAGUCAGAUUGUCAUGGGGGACUAUUUUAAUGAGCACUUCAACAAUGAGGUAUGA